CCGAAGAACCAGCACCGGUGCUACAUGGCAUACAAUACGACGCCGCUAUAUCAAACAAAAUAUCAAUUAUUUCGCAGAACAACCUGUCAUACUGUUUUUCAUUCCGAAGAGUAAAAAGCCUAAAACCCCUUACGGUGGGAAAAGAAAGCUUCGAUUAUCGUCCGGUUCGGUUCCUAUUAACACGAAACAGAGUCACAAUUCGAACAAGUCAGGAGCAAAUUCAGUUGGAGAGCAUAUAAAGAUAAAUAUAUAUGGAGGUUUCUUCUGUGACUCUCCAGCCUUCGUGUUCUUUCCCACUACGAGUGCCUAAAGCCGCCACAAGAGACCGCGUGUCUUCUCUCUCUUUCGUUGGGAAUCUUGCUUGUAAUGCAUCUCUUUCUCGUAUAAGUUGUCACUUGCUCACUAAAUCAGUUAGGCUUCGACCAUCCUAUAUUGUGGCUGCUGCUAUUGGUGAUACAACUGCACUGCCAAAUAAAUAUCGUGGAGAAGAGUUUUCGAAUUCUGAUUCUUCUGACCCAGCAUUGAUUCAAGAACCCACAAAAAAUGGUGAAAAUGGAGGAGAAGAAGAUAACAUGAGGCACUUGGAUGACCAACAAAUGAUCAGAGUAUGUGACAAGCUCAUUGAGGUUUUCAUGGUUGACAAGACCACUCCAACUGACUGGAGAAGAUUAUUAGCUUUCAGUAAGGAAUGGGACAAUAUUAGGCCCCAUUUCUAUAAGCGCUGUCAUGAUCGAGCAGAUAAUGAGGAUGAUCCUGGGAUGAAGCAUAAACUACUUCGGUUAGGACGAAAGCUGAAAGAGGUUGACGACGAUGUACAAAGACAUAAUGAGCUUCUUGAAGUAAUCAGAAGGGCACCAACAGAAGUAAGUGAUAUUGUUGCCAGGCGCCGCAAAGAUUUCACAAAAGAAUUUUUUGUGCAUCUUCACACUGUAGCUGAAUCCUACUACGAUGAUCCAACGGAGCAAAAUGCUUUGGCAAAGCUUGGGAACACAUGUUUGGCGGCUGUACAAGCUCAUGAUGCAGCAACUGAAAGCAUGGAAGCAUUGAAUGCUGCAGAGUUGAAAUUCCAAGAUAUUAUCAAUUCUCCUUCUUUAGAUGCUGCUUGCAGGAAGAUAGACAAUUUGGCUGAUAAAAAUCAACUAGAUUCCGCUUUAGCGUUGAUGAUCACAAAAGCUUGGUCAGCUGCUAAGGAAUCGAACAUGAUGAAAGAUGAGGUUAAAGACAUAUUAUAUCAUUUGUACAUGACUGCUAGAGGUAAUCUUCAAAGACUCAUGCCGAAAGAAAUUCGAAUUGUAAAGUAUCUUCUCACAAUUGAGGAUCCUGAGGAGCGACUAUGUGCUCUAAAUGAUGCAUUUACCCCAGGAGAAGAACUUGAGGGAAAGGACGUUGACUCUCUCUACACAACCCCAGAGAAGCUUCAUGCAUGGAUUGAUGCUGUUGUGAAUGCAUAUCAUUUCAGUAGUGAAGGCACUCUCAUAAGGGAAGCUAGGGACCUAAUGAAUCCGAAGAUCAUUCUGAAACUUGAGGAAUUGAAGAAGUUAGUUGAAAACAAAUUCAUGUGACUGCAAUCUUAUAUACUUCUCCGAUGCUUGUCCUGCAUUUCUUGCUCCACAAGUCGAUGACAGAACCAGAUUCCUAAUGUAAUGUCUAUGGGUUAAGCCUUUGAUUUGGCCUGCAUUUCUUGCGCCACAAGUCAAUGACAGAACCAGAUUCCUAAUGUAAUGUCUAUGGGUUAAGCCUUUGAUUUGGGUCUCUUUGCUGCAGAAGUAGCAUUGUCUUAAGAGCUCGUUCCGGCGCUUGAAGAUGUAGACCUUUUAUACAACCCAAGCGUGGAGUUUUUCACAUGAGCUUUGAAAAUGUAGCAAAAUUUUUGCAGAGAAGCUGUGAAACUGUGAGCUUCAAUCAAAAUCACAAUCAGAAGGUUGACAAAACCGUAGUUGCUUUUAUGGAUUUUGUUUGAUUUGUAUAGUGGGUCCCUAUGUCAUUGUUAACCCAUGUAAAAUUGUAAGAGUUCCAAGUUUAACAGGUUCUAUCCAAUAGAUCAUUUGAGGCAGAUAUAUUCUAGCCUAGGAA